CGACAAGAGGCGCGAGGGAAGGCGGGAGGAAUCAGCUCGGAUCAUCAUCUCCCGAGUCGCGCUUUUCCCCUCAGGCAGCGGCUUAGACGCCUAUUUUCCGCUGAGGACCCCGCCGGAGCGUUGCCGGGCAAAGGAAAGUUGAGGACGCCGGGCCUAGUCUUGUUAUUGUUGUGUGUUUGUGUGGCUCCAGCGAUGGGGCUGGAAAUGGACCCGCUGCUCCACGCCCUGAGCUACUUCAGGCGGAGGAAGUUCCAGCAGUGCUCGGACCUUUGCUCUCAGUUGCUGGAAAAAGAGCCCAGCGACCAGGCCGCCUGGUGCUUGAAAGUACGGGCAUUAACGGAAAUGAUUUAUGUGGAUGAAAUAGAUGUCGAUCAGGAAGGCAUUGCUGAGAUGAUGCUUGAUGAAAAUGCAAUUGCACAAGUUGCACGUCCUGGUACUUCACUGAAAGUCCCUGGAACCGGUCAGGGUGGAGGUCCCAGCCAGGCUGUCAGGCCAGUGACUCAGACAGGGAGGCCCCUUACAGGAUUUGUAAGGCCUAGCACACAGGGUGGAAGACCAGGUACGAUCGAACAGGCUAUAAAGACUCCAAGAACAGCUCAUACAGCCCGUCCAAUGACUAGUGCUUCAGGAAGAUAUGUGAGGCUUGGAACGGCAUCUAUGCUUACCAAUCCUGAUGGUCCCUUUAUAAAUGUUUCUAAACUGAAUUUAAAUAAUUAUGCUGAAAAACCAAAGUUGGCAAAGGCAUUAUUUGAAUAUAUUUUCCAUCAUGAGAAUGAUGUUAAGAAUGCUUUAGAUUUGGCAGCAUAUGCCACACAACAUGCCCAGUUCAAGGACUGGUGGUGGAAAGUGCAAAUCGGGAAGUGUUAUUACAGGCUAGGAUUAUAUCGUGAAGCAGAAACACAAUUUAAAUCAGCUCUCAGGCAGCAGGAUAUGGUAGACACAAUACUAUAUUUGGCAAAAGUAUAUUCCCGUUUGGAUCAACCAUUGACAGCUCUAAAUGUUUUCAAACAAGGAUUAGAACGGUUUCCUGGAGAAGUCUCCCUUAUUUGUGGUAUUGCGAGGAUUCAUGAGGAAAUGAACAACAUUUCUGCAGCUGCAGAAUGCUAUAGAGAUGUUUUAAAGCAAGACAAUACUCACGUGGAAGCCAUUGCAUGCAUUGGAAGUAAUCACUUUUAUUCUGACCAGCCAGAGAUAGCAUUGCGGUUUUACAGACGGCUCCUACAAAUGGGCAUUUAUAACUGCCAGCUAUUUAACAACCUGGGCCUCUGCUGUUUCUAUGCUCAGCAAUAUGACAUGAUUCUCACCUCCUUCGAACGUGCACUAUCUCUAGCUGAAAGUGAGGAAGAGGCUGCAGAUGUCUGGUACAACUUGGGACAUGUAGCUGUGGGAAUUGGUGAUAUAAAUUUGGCUUACCAGUGUUUCAAGUUAACGUUAACCAAUAACAAUGAUCAUUCAGAAGCUUAUAACAAUUUGGCAGUACUGGAGAUGCAGAAGGGGCGCGUUGAGCAGGCCAGAGUGCUUCUCCAGACUGCUUCAUUGAUAGCACCUCAUAUGUAUGAGCCACACUUCAAUUUUGCUGUAUUGUCUGAUAAGGUUGGUGAUCUUCAGAGGAGUUACAUGGCAGCCCAGAAAUCUCAAGAAAUAUUUCAGGAACAUGUGGAUACACAACAGCUUAUAAAUCAGUUAAAACAGCACUUUGCCAGACUUUGAUGAAACUCCUUUUGUUCAAAACUGUCUUCUUCAGAGUUGUUAACUAGUGUAGACAAAGGGGAUGAGUUGAUACUUAAUUCUCAGAAUAUUUUUAUAGGAAACUUCCUCUAAAGAAGAGUCAUCCACGAAACUUGCGUGUUUCUCUCCAGACUGGUAAGAACUGCUUGCUUAAGCAAAAGUGACUGUAAAAUGGCAUAAUCUACUUGACGUGUCUACUAGCAGCGUUCUUUUUUCAUAUAUUAAGUGAAGGGUUUGCUUCAUCCCAUAUAAAAUAAUAGGAGCAUUUCAUGUAAGAGUUGCUAGAAAAUGAAGCCUGCCUUUGUUCCUCUUUGUAUAUGUUUAUUUCUUUUUUGAGGAGGUAUUUUCCUUUUUAUUCACUCUAUGUGAAAAUAGUUGCAUUGCGUGGCACAAUUCUGUUUCAGAUAGGAAGUGUUAGUUUGCUUUAACCUUUUUCCCACUGUGGCAACCUUAGCAUAUGAUUCUUGUUUAAGAAUGGCAUUGCUUGCAUUUUGUGUGUGUGUGUCAGGAUGACAAGAGAAACUGCAAGUCGCUUCUGGUGUGAGAGAACUGAUCAUCUGCAAGAACAUUGCCCAGGGGAUGACCUGAUGUUUUUGAUGUUUUACCAUCCUUGUGGGAGGCUUCUCUCAUGUCCCUGCAUGAGGAGCUGGAGCUGACAGAGGGAGCUCAACCCACUCUCCCUGGAUUCAAACUGCUGACCUGUUGGUCAGCAGUCCUGCCAGCACAAGGGUUUAACCCAUUGUACCACCAGGGGCUGCUAUCCUUGCAUUGAAGUCUCUAGGGAUGUCUGGUAGACCCUGAUGUCUCUUGAUGCCACUGCACUCCACAGCUCUUCAUGAUGAUGGCGCUAGCAUAUAUUUCACAGCAAGAGUGUUAUUUUCUUUGAACCUUAGAGUAGACAUAAACCAAGCACAGGAUGUGGAAAUAAUAAACAUUGGAUGUGUAGAAUGAUAUUUUGAGAAUGACUAUCUUAAUGGGGCAAGUUCAGUUGAGCAGGAAAAGGAAGAUGGUGGCGGUUGUGACAUAUCAUACUGCCUUUUCUUGACUUAUCCUCAUUUGUAAAUCCUGGCUAACUUUCAUUAGGUAGCUAGUGGAAAGUUGGGUAUUGCUUCCAGCCUCAGAACUGAGAAGUCUGAAAAUGCUCAGAUUUAUAUACCUCCACUAAAUGUUAAAUUUUUACUAAUUGUGAUUUAUUUUUCAGUAAAGUUGUUACUAGAACCAGUAGAUAUCAGCUGAAUAUGUGACCCUUGGAGCACUACUCAGCUUCAUAAAGAAUGAAUAUGUAUUUUACAUUGUUAUUUCUCAUACGAAUUAUCUUCCACUUAGCAGAUCUCAAAAGAAUAUACUUUUACCAGUGUCAGUGAGGCAGGAGCAGUUGCUAACACUGUUUUCCACACUUUUUCUUGCUGUAGUUCAGUUGUUCACAAUCCUGUCCCAUCUGCUGAAGCAAGCAGUUCUUUUUGUCACUCAUCAGUUGCGGAGCAGAAAGGUUCUGCAAAAUUCUUUAAAUUGGAAGCAAAAACAUUUCUUCCAAUGAACUUAGCAGUUGAAGAAAGAAACACAUUUGUAUUCUGGUUUCCACUAUGCUACACAACAAUUUACUGUGUUUCAAGCAUUAUUAAAAUUCCAUUUAACUUUACACUGCCAUUUAUUUAGCUGUGGUGUAUAUUGUUGAAGUUGUUUAUAAUAAAAUAAAAUAUAGGUUAUAAGUA